GAAGGUCCACAUUAUAUUGUAAACAAGCAGCGACCGCACUGCUGUGCUUCUUGUUCUUGCAAAUUCAAGAUUGCAAGAAGGUGGCGGGGGUUGGGAGGGGAUUGAGUGAAGAAGAGCGAACUCUGUUGAUAGGAAGCAACAAGGUUAGAGCACCACAGGUUUUCCUCAAAGCUUAUGACGUCACCAAAGAAGAACCGACGAUUAUCAUCAUCAACUUGGUCUUCACUUGAUCUGCUCCGUCCUUUUCGCCGGUGCUAGUGUUAGUGAUUGAGUGGGAGGGGGGACUUCUUCUGGUUCGGUUCAAAUCCCACCAGAUCCAGAUCUGCUCAGUGGUUGGACGCUGUCAGUGUGGUUUCUUGUGAUGCCAGCACUGUGCUAAUCCUCAAUGCAGAUCUGCUGGUGGCUUGCGCUGGAUAAUUAAACUCGAGUUUAGGUUUACAUAAGGAGUGUCCUGGAGAACACAGCAAGCAGGAUGCUGCGACUUUCCUUAUUGGUUGUGCUGGCAGCUACAGCACUAGCGGUGCCCCGCCCCCGGCCACAGGCUCCAAACAUUGACAAGCUCUCCACUGAUGUGUUUGGCCCGCCACCAGGCAACACCGGCAACUACAACAAUGGUGGCGGAGGAGAUUUCAAUAAUCAAAAUGGCGGCGGAGGAGAUUUCAAUAAUCAAAAUGGCGGCGGAGGAGAUUUCAGUAAUCAAAAUGGCGGGGGAGGAGAUUUCAGUAACCAGAACGGCGGCGGAGGAGAUUUCAGUAAUCAAAAUGGCGGCGGAGGAGAUUUCAGUAAUCAGAACGGCGGCGGAGGAGAUUUCAGUAAUCAAAAUGGCGGCGGAGGAGAUUUCAAUAACGGCGGUGGUGAUUCCAGUAAUUCAAAUGGUGGAGUGAUAGGGUCGGAUUCUGAUUUUGACGGCGGGGCGUCCCAGUGCACCUGUGUGCCCUACUUUUUGUGCGACAAUGGAACUAUCGUCACCGAUGGUGCCAAUAUCAUAGAUAUCAGGGAGAAGCCGGAGCAAUGCGUCGACUCGCUGCAGGUCUGCUGCAAAGCGCCGCUGGACAAGAAGAGCGUGAACGUGCCGCCACCUGUCGGCCGUCAGGACAACUGCGGCCACCGCAACGAGUAUGGCGUGGGCAUGCGCAUUAAGGGCGACGAGCACAACGAGGCCCAGUUCGGCGAGUUCCCCUGGAUGAUCGGCAUCCUCCAGAAGGACAAUGAGCACUUUGUCUACAAGUGCGGUGGCUCGCUCAUUCAUCCGCAGGUCGUGCUCACCGCUGCUCACUGUGUCAUUGACCAGGCAGCCGACACAAUGUUCGCUCGCGCCGGCGAGUGGGACACGCAGACGAAGAACGAGCUGUACCCACACCAGCAACAGGUGGUGAAGAGCAUCGUCAUCCACGAGAAGUACUACCGCGGAGGCCUGUUCAACGAUGUGGCUCUGCUCUACCUCGACCACCCCUUCCAGUACACUGACAAUGUGGACAUCAUCUGUCUCCCGCAGCAGGAUGAGCUCAGCGACAGCCAGAGCUGCCUGGCUAGCGGCUGGGGCAAGGACAAGUUUGAAAAAGAGGGUCAGUAUCAAGUGAUAUUGAAGAAAGUUGAGCUUCCAAUGGUUGAGCACCAAACCUGUCAAGAUAAGUUGAGAACAACACGUCUUGGGCAGUACUUCAAGCUGCAUGAGAGCUUCGUAUGCGCAGGAGGCAUUCCUGGUAGAGAUACAUGCAAGGGUGACGGUGGAAGCCCGCUAGUGUGUCCAGUGCCUGGAAAGUUGGGCAAAUACUACCAGAGUGGUAUAGUGGCCUGGGGUAUUGGCUGCGGCAACUCAAACCCUGGAGUUUACGUGAAUGUCGGUCGCUUCCGCCACUGGAUCGAUUCACACAUGAACAAUUUUAAUCUGCAAUCAGAUUACGAUUAUAACAAUUCCUUGUGAAAUUAAAUUGAAUGGAGUGUUAUUCAUAGCCUCAUCCAUUUAAUUGCUGGUAAUCUUGAUAAUAUUGUUUCUUGAUCAGGCGUUUCGUAAGCACCGCUUCCCGUGUGAAAGUUUUUUCUUUUUGCAGCAGAAAACAAAUAAAUAACAUGGAGUAUGACUCGCAUUAGGCUACUCGAAAAGCGAUGUGUAAAUGGCCUUAAGAAGGUCUUCUCCCUUAAAAACCAAUGAAUAAAAUAUUAUUUAUAUUCGCUGGAUUUCAAACAUCAAUUUUAGAGUUGUUAUCAUUGAUAUCAUUACUUUUCGUUGCAUUAUAUCUCAUUACAUUGAUAUAAUUCGGAAUAUUCUUAGAGUCAUUUAACAUUGUACUGUUAAUCAAUUGCAAUUAGUUGAGAGAUGAAAAUGCGGUUAUCAUAGUGUUUGUAUGGUCUCAUUCUAUGAAUUGUGUUGAAUUUAUAAUUUUUAUAAAUAAACUGUGAACCUAA